AUGUCACUCGUCCAGCGCGUCACUUCCAUCGAGGGCACUGACCGCGAACCGCCGAGGCUUCCAGAGGAGUGGUAUCCGCCGGCACUAUCUCCUGCGCGCGGUGCGAAUGGGUAUGGCCAGAGUUAUGGCACUAUCACGAAUGGCUAUCCUUCGCCACAUCUGCAUCCGACAUUGCGUGGCAAAGGCUCGGUGAAGUCGUUGCGUCGAGUGAUCAGCUAUGAUGCUCUUCCACAUUCGCAGCAGCCUUCGCAGGCUACGCAUCCGCAGGGUGGCGUGGCGGCGUACAAGGUAUCGACAGCGAAGCGAUUAGCCCAGGUUAUCUUCACAGUCCUCGCAUGUUGGCUUGCCUCAGGUAUCGUCUUCGGUUUCGCGGCUCUCAAGCCAGUACUUAUCAGCGAAAAGGUCUACCGGGAACUCUGUACUGCCGAAGAGCUCGAAGCAAAUCUUGAGGUCUGCUACGAGCAAGACCUGAGGCUGAAUUUCUUCUUUGCGAUUGCUUCCACGACUUGCAACGUAUCUGCUCUUCCUGUUGGUACUAUCCUCGACCGCUAUGGGCCUCGAGCAUGCGCUGUCCUGGGCAGCAUUGCAUUGGCGAUUGGGAGUCUUCUGAUGGGCUAUGCUUUUGCCAUACCAGAAUUCGAUGGCUACAUGAUCGGCAACAUCUUCCUUGCGUUGGGCGGCACUUUCAUAUUCGUGCCGUCGUUUUCCAUAUCCAACGCGUUCCCGAAGUUCUCCGGCACUAUCGUUGCUACCGUGACAGGUGCAUUCGAUGCUUCGGCCGCUGUCUUUCUCUUCUAUCGCCUGGCUUACGAGUCGUCUAACGGGAGCUUCACCCCGGACAAGUUCUUCUUCGCUUAUCUGAUCGUGCCAGCGCUUAUAUUUGUCGCUCAAUUCACAUUGAUGACCCCAGACGGCUAUAAAAGUGUACCCCAGCUAGAAGAAAAGAUCGAGAAGAUCGAGGAUGCGACUCUAGAUGUCCACGACUCGGAUGAUGACCUAGACGACUCGGAGAUUCGCCAAUUGAGAGCCCAGCGACGAGAGCACAGGGAGUCGAAAUUGGAACUGCUCGAGGGCCUCGUCGGUGAUGCCGAAUUUCGAGAGGCUCGUGAGCACAAGGAGGCCGAACGACAUAUACAGUCUGGCGUUUGGGGAGCGCUCCACGGCUGGCCCGCGCACAGGCAAAUGCUGACACCCUGGUUCAUCCUCAUCAGCUUGAUUACAGUACUGCAAAUGCUCCGCAUGAACUUCUUCAUCGCCAGCAUUCGCACGCAGUACGAGUACAUGCUCGGAUCCGAGAAGGCUGGCCGUCAGAUAAACUCGUUCUUCGACUACGCACUCCCCAUAGGCGGCAUAGCCGCGACACCAGUCGUCGGGAUCCUGCUCGACGGUCUCAGCACGGCAAACUUGAUGGCGGUCCUUGUCGUACUCAUCACAGCAGUCGGUGUGCUAGGCUCCCUACCGUUCUACUGGGCAGCAUACAGCAACGUCGUCCUCUUCUGCCUGCUCAGACCAUUGUACUACUCGGCCAUGUCCGACUAUGCGACCAAAGUCUUCGGCUUCGCGACCUUUGGCAAGAUUUAUGGCACCAUCAUCUGUCUUUCUGGCCUCACGAAUCUGUUCCAGCCUGUCAUCGAUGCAUUGACGUUCGAGGCAUUCGGUGGUAAUCCGAUCCCAGUCAAUGUGGUAUUGGCGGCGCUGGGGUUCAUCUUCGGCUUUGCGCUGGUGGUCUAUGUCCGCAUACGAGGGAAGAUCGUGGUGAAGAAGCAGGCGAGGGAGGAUGCGGAGGUGGAGCGGAUGAGUAUGAUUCCUGAGUCUAUUGCUGAGAGCGAGUUUGAGGAGUAA